CAUCCUCUAACCUUAUUCCUCGGCCAGCAAUGGUGCCCAGUGGCCACACAGAUGGAUGGACUCUUUUCUUCCUGGCUGCUUUUGUUCAAUGUGUCCAUCUGCAGAGAAACAACAGCUCCCUGCUGGACGCUGAUCCGCUCUCUGAGAAUCAGACCUACCGGCCCGUUCUGCAGCCCACUGAAGUCGCUCCGACAACAGGAAGCUACGUGAUUAUAGGCCGCGAUGGGACACCGUGUAUCAAAGCCACGGUGGGAGCAGAGUUCAUCGUCACUGAGGAGAAGAAGACCUGGUUUUUCAACCUGAACCCGUCCAGGGUUAUGGUCAGUGGUUACUGCGGCAAUGACGAGGCUCUUCUCUCUCUUACACUACCAGGCAACGCUUCUGGUCUGCACUUCACCUUCAGGAAGGAAAAGGAAUCCGUCUACGUCGCCGACCUGACUGCAUACUUGUCUCCUCAGCCUGCGUGCAAAGGAUGCUUCAAUAAAACGUACUUGGGUUCAGUGACCCAGAAGAAGCUUUUCGAGGCAGCUAGUGGUCAAAGCUUCAAGUGCACGACAGAGCAGAGCAUCCGUCUGGGGUCUCAGCUGAGCAUCAAGCUGGGCCAUCUGCAGAUGCAGGCCUUCAGUCUGCAAGAUGGACAAUAUGGAAUAGCGUUGGAGUGUUGGCCUGAUUUUGAUCGCAGAAUAAUUCCCCACAUCAUCAGGGCCGUAUUGAUUGGUCUCCUACUGAUCACCGUGCUGAGUCUCCUGCUCAUCAGAGAACGCCGCAGAUCAGGAUACGAAAGACUUUAAUCUUGUGAAGUUAAAUGGAGAUAUAUUCAGUAAUAAAAAAUGUUUCUGUUGACGAGAUGUCUUAAAUGUAAACUCUCGUUAUCAUUAUAAUUAUUAUUAUUAUUGGGGAAGGACAGGUAGUUAAUAUUGUUACCUCAAAGCAAAAGGUUUUGUUGUUCAAAUCCUGGCAGGGAUCUUUCUGUGUGGCCCAUGGGAGUGAGUGUUUUUGUUAAUAUGUGACCUCUUGAUUGACUGUUGACCUGUCUGUUUUCUCUUGUCCUGCUCUGCCCAGCUGGCCUGCGGCAGGAGGGUCCCCCCUUAUAAUCCUGGUCCUGCUCAAGGUUUCUUCCCUCCUAGAGGGGAAUUUUCCUUGCCACUGUUUGGCUUAAUAAAGUUUAAAUAUAAGGUUUUUCUCCCACUAGGGGAGUUUUUUACCUGCCAUUGUUUAUGUUAUGUUUAUGUAUUAAUUGCUCGAGGGUCAUGUUCUGGGUCUCGCCUAGAGACAACUUAAUAGAAGCUAUAUAAAUAAAAUUGAAUUGAAUUGAAUUGAAUUUUGCCAGAAGGAAGCUAGGAUAGGCUCUAGCAGACCCUUAAUCAAAUAAAAUCAAAUCAAAUGUUAUUUGUAUAGCACCUUUCAUCCAAGUACAUGAAAUACAAAGUGCUUAACAUUUUGACGAAUGCACACUGACAUACAAUAUAGUUAAUUAAAAUGAAAUAAUGAUAAAAGUUCAAGAAUUAAGGCUAAAAAAUAAUCAGUCUACAACAAUAAAAUAUAAUAGUAAAAACAUUACAAGAAAUAAAUAAAUAAAUAAAACA